AGGCGUGAGAGCGGUAGAAUAAGUUCACCUUUGUGAAUGGCGCCAUGGGUUGCAACAUCCAAAGUUGUAACUCGCAGGUCCCCGCCUGCGAGUCCCUGAGCCGCUGCAAGGCCUACGAGAUCUGGGACGAGCCAUGCUGCAGUGAGCACUGCAGGCAAAAUGUGCGCGACAACCGCCUCAGCGACCUCGGCGAUAUGGAGGAAGUGGGGGACCUACUUGACGUGCAGCGCAGCAAGGUGGCCCUGCAGCUGGCCGGAGGCGCCGGCUGCCGGGUUUCCAAAUUCUUCGAGGAGGACGGCGAACAGCCGGCGCGAGUGCUCCGGGCCGAGGCGGCCUUUCCUCCGGGCAGCCACCGUGCCGAAGCCCACUUCGCGGUGGCGGAUUCGGAGGCGACGGCGGCGACGGAGGCGGCGUGUGCGGGCGGCUGGGUGGAGCUCAUGGCGCGCACGGACUUCCCGGGGCUCCGGUGCCACCUGGGCUGCGGCCAGCGCCGCUUCGCGACCUUCUCGCCCACCAAGAGCCUGAAGCUCUACCGCUUCGAGUGCCCACAGGUGCACGUGGAAAGCGUGGACAUCUCUUUUGAUGACGCGCAAGAGGCGUCGCUGCAGCUGAGCGUGGGCUUCGGCCUGCGGCUACGGGGCCAGGACCUCCUGAGCGGCAUCCGCGUGUGCUCUCUAGGCGAGGACAAGGCGGUCCUCAAAGACGUGGAGGACGUGGAGGCCUUCAAGUCCGCGCUGUCCAUGCAGGCGGCGCAGCACGGGGCGCUGCAAGCCCUGCCUCGGGGCCUGGGCUUCCGCGCAGAGACCGCGGUAGAAUUCCUGGCCUACGGUCGCACCGGCAAGGAGGAGCUCGACGUGUACGUGAACGGCUUGACGGUGUCUUGCGCCAGCAAACUUCAGCUUGGCCACGGCGAGGGGCAGCGGCGCCUGUAUCGCUUCGCCCUGGUGCCGGCGAGCUGCGAGAUCAGGAGCCUGGUGAUCCGUGCGCGGCCGGGCGAAGGCGGCCGCGUGGUGGUGGACCGCAGCUACGGGGUGCGGCUGGGCGGCCACGAUGCCCUGCAAGGGGUGGUCUUCGUGGACCCCAUGACCUGCGUGAUGAAUCCCUUCCAGUGGGACGCGCUCUCCCCAGAGCAGUCGGCCCUGCAGGGAGGCCUUUGGGCCUGGGACGGUUUCUACUACCUGCUGGCCUACAAGCGGACCAAGAAGCCGCACGCGGUCACCCCGAGACGCCCCGUCCUUCUGGGCGAGAAGCACCCGGGCAAGGUGCAGGAUUCCAAGCCAGCGGCUCCAGAGGCGCCAGAGGCUCCGGUCUCAGAUCGGUGAAGAUCCAGCUUUUGGCAUGGACUGCAUUGUGAAUUCAGGUUGGCCUCACAUGAGGCAGUGCAUGGUGGUCUCCUAACAUUGGGGGGCCCACGCUUGUGCGGUGUUUCGUGGA